AUGCCCCGUAUCAGCUGCGCCCGCAUCUGUGCGACGGGCCGCGGCGAAGUUUAUUCCGACGACGGCGUGGUGGAAGAGGCGAAGAAGCGCGGGAUCGAGCAGGUCGUUGGAGUGGUCGUUGGAGUGGUCGUUGGAGUGGUCGUUGGAGUCGUCGAAUUGACCAUCCGAGCCCCAACCAACGCGGCCGCGUCGUCCCACCGCUGCCCCGGGACUGAACGCGCACACGAUACGAUGGGCGUGUGGCCCUUUUGGAGGAGCUCGAGAAGCCAAUAUCGCGGAAAAUCCGCUGCAGUCGCCGGGUGUGGGCCGGGGGCAAAGGCAAAGGCAAAGCCAGUGGCAGAGGCAAAGAAAAAGUCCCCACCGCCCGCCGAAUUGCAUGAUGCUGGGCUGCGGCCGCGGCUACGGGACCCUGCGACGCAUAACCAUCCAAAUAAUCAUAAUCGCGCGGAUAUAAUAGCGGUGACGGGCCCCGAAAGGAGAAGAAGUCGGAGAGACACGCUGCGAAAAUUGAGCAGAGAUUCCGGGACGCCAAAGGACACGCAUCGGACCUAUAGCUUCUCGCCCGGUCGCCACGACAGUAUCCGGCUGUCUCAUCUGACAGAGCGUGCUCCAGUGCCUCCCGUGCCACCCCUCCCCGCCGACUACGUCCGGGGACACGCGCCCGGGUCCGACACUGUCGCGCCGGAGCCACUGCCCGCGGGAGAGAGGGCCCCUCGGGCGCCCCCCCAAGCCCUGGAGAGCACCGCUCCGGACCGGCAGGGGACGCCAACGUUGCACAAGAGAGGCGCCCAGGAGUUGGCGCGCCGAAAGUCAACCAAGAGGCGGAAGGAAGAGCAUGACCGAGAGGCUGAGAUCAGAGCCAUGGUUGCCUACAGGCCGACACGACCCGCGGCAGACGUGUCCUCUUCGGGCAGACCGAUGAAGCGGGAGAGCAAGAAGAUGCGGGGAGGGCUCAAUCGACACAUGGACAACCCCACGACGAAUGUAUCCGUCCCUCUGGCCGAUUCUUUACGCUAUUCCGUCUCGGCCAACUCGGGCCACCAACCCGCGUACAGACUAAGUUCACUCGAUGUUCUCGCCCCUCGACCGACGAUCAAGUACGCGGAAAGGCCUCGCUAUGCCCCGGGAGCCAGUGGCUCUGGCCCCGACAGGUCGGACCCGAGGAGAAGGAAGGUGUCAGAUCGGGUAGCUGUAGGGGAGAAGGAACUGAAGGCCAACAAGAGGGUGGACGAUCUGGCGAAUGACCUGAGUGCCGGUGAAUUGCGGGAACUCAUGGAGCGCGAUCAGAAACGGAGAGACAAGAAGAAGAUGGCCGACAGGGUCAAGAUGGAGAGACGGUUGGCUCAACGGCAAGAGAAGCAAACGGCAGAUGAGGCUGCCGCCGCCCGUGAGGGUACCCCGACGCCCCCUAACCUGGAGCGAGGUGUCUUGGGGAGGGAGAUUGUUGGUCUGGGAAUCGGUACCUCGGCAGUCGUCACUUCGAGCAAGAGAAAGGGCUCGGUUGCAUCAGACGAUGGGCGAGGGGAGCGACCAGCAGACGCGUUCCUACCAGAAUCGGGCGAGGACCGAGAGCCACCGGCCUUCCAUCGCAGUGCGAGUGUGCGUACGGAGAACUUCACGUCUACGUCGGAGUCUCUGGCUCCGGUCAUCCCGACUGCAACCACUGGAACAGUAGGGAACGCAGCUGUUGCGCCCAACUCUCCGCCGCGGGUGCGAUCCCAUACCAGAAGCGCAUCAAGCAUAUCUCGCAUGAUGGAACUCGCCAGGUCCGUACCAUCAGCAGCGGCUCCCAUACCGGUCCCGAAACCAACGAGACAAAAACCUCCCCGCCAGGCCUCGAUGUCUUCGGCACGCGCACCUCAAUCUUGGACAUCGUUCUUCCGACGAGGGGCAAAGAAGCAGGUGAUUGAUUCUGCGCCAUCGUCUUUCUCUAAUACAUCACGAGACUCGAUGCAGAGUGGUCGAAAUAGUAGUCACGGGGCGCAAAUUGGUUACGCUCCAAUGCGAUCAACAUCCAACAUUCCUAAGCGGACCAUGUCGAAGUUUCGGGAAGAUCUCCCUGAGCUUCCAUUGUCGCCGCCCGACUCGAGAGUCCAGUCUCCCGCGGAUGAUCUGGUACCUCCGAUGACUACGAGGCAUGGCCCAGAUGAUCCUCCCGCACGCUACCUGGACACCCCGACCAGUGGAUACAGAUCGGUCGACGCAACGCGCAAUCGGGGCGAAACACCGACCUCGGGUCACCGUAUGCUCGAGGAUCCCUCGCCCGAACUUGGCAAUGUUCUGACGCGGUCGCUAGCUUCAAUCGACUCUGAAGGUUCGUGGCUUUCCGGUCGGAGAGGCUCCAAGAGGGGCUCGGCUCUGCAACCGCGCAGAGAAAGCCUGAAUUCCAUGACCCUGAAAGACAAGGAAUUUGCCGAGGCUGCCGAGGAACCGGAGAUAGCCGAAGACGAGUUUCUCAGCCGACUGAUGCAAGGUCCCGCUGAUCAGCACAGAAUCAAGAGACUCUCAGCCGCGACCGAGAAUCCGAUGCCGUCAAGCGAUGACGAGGAAGGAGGGAGCAUCGCGAGUCCUAUUCCUGCGCAGUCGACGUGGGGGGCCGUGGGGCGACGCCCUACCAUCAUCAAUCGUGAACGCCACAAGUCGAGAGAAGGGGUCUUGGCCCAGUUCGAAUACGAUUCCGGCGACGAGGUCCCUGAUACCCCCAACACUCCCACCGGCAACGCUGUCGCACAGCGGGCUCCCAGCUUCGACGUUGGCCAGAAGCACGCUCGACACACGAGCGCAGGCUCUACCCGAUUACUAGAUCCGAAGCACCGCGACUCGAUGGAAGCGAAGAGGGACAGCCUGGUCGAGGAGAACUAA